CACCUCUCCGGGUUCUUCAGUGAGCAUCUACGGUUGAGAGAAGCAAAACUUGUCUUGUGGUUAUUUUGAGUGGAAAUUUUUUUUUCCUUCCUCGCGAAAAAAAAUGAUCAAGUCUUUGGCAGCGUUUCUGUUGGUGGCAGCAGUGUGCCACGCGGCGCCCGACAAGCGCCCGCAGCAGUACAGACCGGCGCCACCGCCGCAGCAGUACGCGGCGCCCAAGCCGCGCUACCAGCAACCCGCGCAGGCCGCCUACGUCGCCGCCCCACAGGAAAACAACUACGGAUACGCCCCAGCCCCGUCAUCCUACAACAAGAAGCCCGUUGCCAUCCUGUCCCAGGACUUCAAGCUCGACGAUUACGGCUACAAAUACAAUAAGGAGGCCGGAAAGUGUGUUGUUGAACUGACCAACGAGGCGGGAAGAUCACGAAAUCUGCGAUCGCAACUCCGGGUUUCGUCGAUGGAC